AUGGCCACCGGCGGCGGCCCCGAGGAGGAGAGGAAGCGGGGGCGCCCGCAGCUGCUGCCCGCCGCGCGCCCCGCGGCCCGCGCCGAGGAGCCGGCGGGCGGCCGCGGGAAGCUGGGCUGGGCGCAGGUGGUGAAGAACCUGGCCGAGAAGAAGGGUGAGUUCCGCGAGUCGCGGCCGCCGCGGCGCGAGGAGGAGAGCGGCGGCGGCGGGGCGGGCGCGCUGGGCGCCCCCGCGGGCCUGGCGGCGCCGAGCCUCGGCGACUUCCCGCCGGCCAGCCGCGGGGACCCCAAGGGCCGGCGGAGGGAGCCGGCGGGCGAGGCGGCGGACCCCCGCAAGAAGAAAGGCGCCGCGGAGGCGGGCCGCAGGAAGAAGGCCGAGGGGGCGGCCAUGGCGACGCCGUCCAGGCUCGGCGCGGCCGCGGGCGCGGCGGAGGACCCCCCGCAGGACGCGCUGGGGGCGGCGGCGGCGGCGGCGGCCGCGGGCUCGGCGGCCGCGGGCCCGGGCAAGGGCCGCUUUCUCGUGCGCAUCUGCUUCCAGGGCGACGAGAGCGCCUGCCCCACCCGGGACUUCGUGGUGGGCGCGCUCAUCCUGCGCUCCAUCGGCAUGGAGCCCGGCGACAUCUACGCCGUCAUCCAGAUCCCCGGCAGCCGCGAGUUCGACGUGAGCUUCCGCUCGGCCGAGAAGCUGGCGCUGUUCCUGCGCGUGUACGAGGAGAAGCGCCAGGAGGAGGACUGCUGGGACGACUUCGUGGUGCUGGGCCGCAGCAGGGCCAGCCUCAAGACGCUCUUCAUCCUCUUCCGCAACGAGACGGUGGACGUGGAGGACAUCGUCACCUGGCUCAAGCGCCACUGCGACGUGCUGGCCGUGCCCGUCAAGGUGACCGACCGCUUCGGCAUCUGGACCGGCGAGUACAAGUGCGAGAUCGAGCUGCGCCAGGGCGAGGGCGGCGUCCGCCACCUCCCGGGCGCCUUCUUCCUGGGCGCCGAGCGCGGCUACAGCUGGUACAAGGGGCAGCCCAAGACCUGCUUCAAGUGCGGCUCCCGGACCCACCUGAGCGGCAGCUGCACGCAGGACCGGUGCUUCCGGUGCGGGGAGGAGGGCCACCUGAGCCCCUACUGCCGCAAGGGCAUCGUGUGCAACCUCUGCGGCAAGCGGGGGCACGCCUUCGCGCAGUGCCCCAAAGCCGUGCACAACGCCGCCGCCGCCGCGGCGCCCCCGCUGCCGCCCGGGGUGGCCGGGCACUGA